AGAACCAUCUGAAAAGGUGCAUUCAUUUUCUGUUAAAUCAGGAGGGGGCAUCAUAAUUCAUGGAGAUACCUCCUCAUGUGACUGUAGCCGACAAACUGUGUUGCUGCUAGAGCAGUGAGCAGCCGCUGAUGGUGGUAGUGUCAAUGGAGGUGCAGCUUGUUCCUCCUGAUGUAAACUAGAGCUGCUGAGACAGAGGGGAAAACGCGCAGUCAGACUGGUCGUCUUGUGCUUCACAGAGCCAGGGCACUCUCACGGAUUUCAUCACGAUGGCUUGGAGAGGAGGGAGAACACGGUCGUUUUAUCGACCAAUCCUCAAUUUAAACUAAGGCUUGUAUCGUUUCUGACCCGAGGACUCAGAAGAAAAGAAAAGGUGAUGACCUGGAUGGUGUCAUGUGAAUGACUGAAGACCAUGAAGCCCACACACAAGCUGCUGUUCGUCCUGUGCCCCAUGCUGGUCCUGGGCUUUAUUUACUACUCCUCUGGGAAGCUACAUCUACACGUAUGGGGCCAGAAGCCUCAGAGUGAUGCAGAAGAGACAACUGUAGCCCCGACUAAAGGGGCUGAAGUGAAAAGAAUUACAGAAAUGGAAACGGACAUCACCGUGGGACGAAUAGUAGGCUCAGUGUAUGAUAAGCAGGGCUUUCUGCUGCAGCUGGACACAAAACUGCCACCAGAGUUGGCAUACAAGUACGGCAACCUCAGCGAAGGAGUGUGCAAGCCAGGAUAUGCAGCAGCCAAGAUGACCACCAUCUAUCCUAAGUUCAUAAAACCAGCACCCAUGUUUCUUGAUCGGAACUUCAAACGUCUCGGAAAAGUCAGCAAUUACUUACCUCCAUUUGGUUUCAAAACGCAAGAGAGAAUCAUAGACACCAUUUUAACUGCCACGAAAAAUUAUGGACUUGGAGAAGAGCUGGACAGUCUCAACUGUAAAAGAUGCAUCAUUGUGGGCAACGGGGGAAUCCUGUUCAACAAGUCUCUGGGCUCCCGGAUAGAUGAGUACGAUGUUGUAGUGAGGUUGAACGAAGCCCCAGUGAGCGGUUACAGCAAAGACGUGGGGACCAAAACCACCUUACGGAUUACCUAUCCAGAGGGAGCUAUCCAGAAGCCAGAGAACUAUGAAAAAGACUCACUUUUUGUUUUUUCCGCUUUCAAACCACUGGAUUUCAAGUGGCUCAGACAGAUGGUCUUCAAGGAGAAACUGAGGGGCAUAGAGGGCUUUUGGAAGUCGGUGGCUCACUAUGUGCCUCGGGAGCCGACAGAGAUGAGAAUCCUCAAUCCCUACUUCAUCCAGGAGGCUGCCUUCCAGUUCAUAGGCCUGCCCUUCAACAAUGGCCUCAUGGGCAAAGGGAACAUUCCAACUUUGGGAACAGUCGCUAUAACGAUGGCACUGCAUAACUGUGACGAGGUGGCGGUGGCUGGUUUCGGCUACGACAUGAACACGCCCCACGCACCUCUGCACUAUUACGAGACUGUCAAGAUGUCCGCCAUUAAAGAGUCAUGGACACACAACAUAUCCAAGGAGAAGGAGUUCCUCCGCAAGCUGGUAAAGGCCAACAUCAUCACAGACCUGACCAACGGUAUCUGAGUUUACACCCACACCCACAGUCUCCUUCUGCCUUUCCCAAAGGACUACGAAACAGGAAACUGAGAAAUGGAUCGACUCUGGGAGAAAGAACCCUUAGAACCCGGGUGGCCCUGAUCACUGUCUGGGUUUUUCAUAUCAAAGGAGAUUAUUUAAAAGAAAAUAAAAACAGAUACAGGAGGGUUUCUGUGGGGAGAUGCACACAUGUGCCUUCUGAACCAAAGACUCCUGCUGAUUGAAGCAGGGAGCGGAGGGGGGGUGGACACGGGGAGGACUGGAUCUGCCCGGUUCCUGUCUCACCGAGAGACAGUCGCAGGAAAGCUCUGCCGGCUCUGCGCUUCAGCGUUUACCACUUCAACCCUCGGAGUUUCACAUGAACGAAUCGUACAGAGCAGAGGUGACACGUUGACGUUCAGACGUCAGGAUUUAGCUUGACUCACUGGCUGACUUGACGACGGGACAGGAGAGAAAGGAACGAAACGAGGACUGUAGCGGAGAGCGUGUGCGGGGAUGGGUUGAGUAUUAGCAGUGCCAAACGUACCUCGUACAGGGGAGAGGCCGUCCUCCUCCUUUUGCUGCCUGAAUGUAUUCACUUUCCUCAGUGUAAAUAUCAAAGAUUUUUACUGUGCUUUUUAACAAGCUGCAGCAGCACCCCCUCCUGACCCCAACCCCACCCUCCCCCCAUCCCCACCCGCCAUGUGUCCAUUCAUUCAUUCACGUUUUUACUGCCUGUCCAGGGUCCAAAAUUAACACUUGCUGAGCCAGAUGACGGUAGAUAAAUCAGCGAGGGUCACCUGCCACACAGGCUGGUGUCACUUUGAGACACUCACAGUCGAGUGCUUUAGUAAAAUACAGACUUCAGUUCUUGCAGUUUUCUCUGUAAAGUCUUUGUCUGUAUCUAUAAAGCGGCUCUUUCUGCUUGUUAAGCCGGCUCUACACAGAGCGGCUGUGUGUGUUAUCCCCAUGUGGCGGCUCACAUCAGGUCAUUAGAAAAGAUAAAAUAAGCUCUCUAAGAUUCUCUACACUGAACAGCAGUGAAGCACUUGUCAGGAAAAAUGUAUGUUAAUUAUUUUGGUCCGUCUAAAAUUACUUUCUCAGCUCUGGCAGGUGAGCCCAAAAGUCACAUCUGGACACUGCAUCUCUCUUCCACCUCUGUGUCUCUUUGUAAAUCCCUCUUCCUCUCGGCUCCUUCACGUCACGGUACUGUCUUUAUCAUCUUCAUCAGACAUACAGUAACGUGUCCUGCCCUGGUCAAAGAGAGCAGACUCUGUAUGUCCCUCCUCCAACCUCCCGUUGCUGCAGAGUUUCUUGUUCUUCAGUAAAUGGUGGAAUCUCGGAUUGUAGAAUAUAAAUAUAUAUAUUUUUGUUUUUAGGUUAAUUUUAAUUAUUUAUUUUUUCUUGUUGCUGAGUCCCGACGUUUUGGUCACAGGCAGGCCUGCUUUCUGAGUUUGUGUUUUAAUUUUUUUUUUAUUUUCUCGAUUUCACCGCCAUGUGCUUCCUCAGAGACUGCAUUAUCUUUUAAGUUUGUGGCAGAAGCAGUGUUGUGUUUAAGCCAAAUAAAAACCAGACUCAUCAGUGGAUUCAGUAAUAAAAUGUUGUUAGACAGCAUCCCUUUAUUUCUGUGCUUUACGCAGCUCGUGUUAACAUUGGACAUAUAAUCACACAUUCCUUUAAAUUGAGAGGAUCUAUGAGGUAAUAACUGCUCAAUCUCAAAUUAACAUGUGCUGAUCAGGCCUUUGCACUUUGCAGAUGAAGGUUCUGCCACACACUUCUCAGUAUUCUCGUAUUUCAACACUGCAUGAACAUAGAGAGUGUUCAGUAUUACACAAUCAAACCUUUCCCUUCUUCUUCUGCUCCCCGUUCAACAAAACAAUGUGAGAAUGUCAAAAUCUGUUUUCCUUUUUGUCAUUUUAUCAAAUGAAUGCGAUAAUCAUCUUUAUAUAGUGAUGGUGCGUUUAAAUACUGCUUCACCAAAGCAGGGUUUUGUUUCACAGAUAAAUGUCAAACAGCAAUUCAGUGAGAUUUUCAUCUGUUUUCUGUUUCUACUUCUUUUAGAAGUGCAUAUAUUCCUGUACAUUGUACACACGCAGCUUCACCUCCAUUAGUCGAGCUCAGUACGCUGCUGCUGUUGCAUCUGUUACAUCGCUCCAUCGCUUGUUCCCUAUUAGUUCUUACAAACACCGUUGGGAUCGUGCAGCAGCAGCGUGUCCUACCCAGUCCCUUCAGAACGGCUCCACCGGGUUUGAAGGAAUAGAUCACUUAUUUGGAAACUAGGCCCCGUUUGGGAUUUUUCGUGAGAGCGAAGGUACAGCUGACCAUUGCACUAUCAUGAGGCGCUCUCAGUGCCUUACACCUCAUCACCUGGAAACUGUAGCGAGGAGUUUGACGCGGGAAAGUAACCACAGCUGAUCCAGUGUGUACGCACAGCUUCAGGUCAGGACAGGUCACGUCUCAUUUCUGUGAUUUGGGACCAGUCCAUUUCAUAUCUGUGCUGUAUAUAUCCAUUAUAUACAGCUGGGGAAGACCUGAAGCCCCAUACUGGUUGUUUUGUGUGUUUUAGCUCAAAACUUUAAAUGCUGGCUGCUGAACGGCAGCUGUUAUAGUGCGAGAAAUAAUCAAAUUCACUUCUUGAUACGUCCUGCUAUAUUGCUCAUCAAUACUAUGGUUUUCGGCAGCUUAUUAUUUCAGGGGCACUCUCCACCAAUUUGACACAUGAAGUUCAGUUUACCCAUCAGGAGCAUUGGCUGUAUGUAAAGAUGGACGAUAUGAUAGCUCCCCAAAAAUGAAGCCAUAACAUCUCAGGUACAGCACAGGUUGUAAACCCCACCCAAUGAGCCAAUCGAAGUACGUUUUAAAUAAAUUUUUCCUAAAGAUGGUUUCACACUGAGUAUGUUUUUCUGGUCUGGUUUUAAUUCGUUAUUUGAUACUAUAAAAAGGGGCAUGAUGUCAUGAUUGACAGCUGUGUGUGCUGAUUGGUGUCCUAGCGAUCAAUGGUGCUGCUCGCAGUUGAGUCAGACAAAUGUAUGUUUCACAACUACACUUCCUGAUCACUACCAAGGAGAUUAAAAGUACAAGUCAUAGCGUUGAGUUAAAACAAAAGCUGCGCUCUAUCAUAGAACAUGGGGAUAAUUGACCUUCUGCUAAGCCCCACCCCUUUGUGAUGUUAGUAGUAAGCAUGGAGCCCACACUGUAACUAACGGCACUCCCUGGAGAAAUAUGAUCAUGUUUUUGGAAAAAUGAAAGAGUGAUUCCAGAGAGAAGCAGACAGAGGGGUCUACAGUCUGUGUUUGAAGGAUAUAUCCAGGAUGUCAAACUGACUCAGCAGCAACAACAGGUUAAAAAGACAAAGAUAGUUUGAAGCUAAAGCUGAACUACAGAUCACAGUGUAAAAGUGAACCACCACAUCACUGCUGAUCGACACACAAGAUAAUGAAUAUAAAGGGAAACUUUGCUGAUAUCGAACCAGCUGUGUGGCAUCGCAGUGUGUGCAGAUGAACAGUGUUUGGCUUCACCCCCGCACCUGGACCUCCACCAUUGGAAGGGCAGGAAUCACUUUUACGCUGUGAUCUGUAGCCUGCGAUGACACACAGCUGGUUGGAUAUCAGCAAAGUUUCCCUGCUUCCCUUCACUGGGUCCUGUACAGCAGGGUCGGUCUUUGUUUCACUGUUAUAAUCAUUAAAAAGCAAAAGCAGCAUGUGUUCAGUAGGCUAUAUCUUCAGUAGCUAGCUAGCUAACCCUACACUUUUCAGUUUGAUUCGGUUUGAUUUUGGUUUUGGAACAGAGAAAAAACGUAUAUCAUUAAUACACGACGUGUAAAGGGAAACUUGGCUGAUAUUGAACCCCUGAUAUUGUAACUCUCCAACAUCACAGCUCCAAUUAAAUGUGUCAUACCCCAUAGCUUCCGUGGGGUCAAAGAUCGUGUCCCAGCCUUCAUUACACCCUAGACUACAAAAGUGCAGUCUCUGGCUCCAAAUGACGUCACUAGCACAGGAUGGCAGCGCUUAUAUCCAGGAUAUUUUGGCUUCAUUUUUGUACAGUGAGAAAUAGAAACACAUCUUUACAUACAGUCUAUGGUCAGGAGGAGAACCCGUCAGCCUGUGAGAACAGUUGGCUCUGGAGUCUGAGAAAAUGUGGGAUCUGGUGUGUUUUUUGAAGCUUGACUCGUACAGGGACUAAAAGUCAGGAUAUCUUUGCUCUCUGCUGCUACGAUUUUGAUUUCUUUUUUAAUCCGUCUCCUGUGAGGCCCCUUACUUUUAUGGAUGUGCAAUGCCAAAUCACUGGAGUCCCUCUGUAAUGCUUGAAUGUUCCUUGAAUGCAGGGAGAGUUUGGUCCCUUCUGACUGCCGCAGGGCCAUGUCACUAUAAUGUGACUCGACAAAAAAAUAAAGGAGACUGUCACAGGUUAUGGAUAACAAAGGGGUUAGAUUAAAGCGUACUGAAAUCAUUUGAAACCAGUUGCUGUUGAAACACAGAAAAUCAAUCUAAAAGUCUCCUUGUAUGAUUUGGUCAUUAAUAAAAUAAAAUAAGUGUAGUCAGUGGGCUAAAACACGCCAAGCCACCAGUAUGGUCUUUAAAGCUUUGAGACUAAGCAGACCCUCAGUUGGAGUUUCUUCUUCUGUUUUUUUUUUUCUUUCUCUUCUUCUAGGUUUUGAAUUUUUACGCAUGCUGGAGGAGUUCAAAUGGAUUGGACCCAAAUCGCCUCUUCUUCAUAACCUGUUCAUGUUAAAGCAGAAUGUAUUCGCUUUUAUCAUUGAUCAUAUUUAUGAUUUUUUUUUUUUAAUUCCACCACCAUCAGAAGGAAGUCAAAGUGAUCAAAGUGUUACUGUUUGUUUUUUAUAUACAGUUAUAAAUGGCUUUCUGCAACUCAAUAAAUAAGUUUGUAAUGGAAA